CUUCGUCGCACAGCCACCGACGAGCUACUGUCCUUGGACAUCUCCGCUCUUCAGUACCACUUCUUCUCGCCUUUCUCCAGUCCUCACCUUAUCAUGGACACGACAGAGGAAUCCAUACCCGACGCCUUAUCGUACGACGACACUGCCUACGAGGAUCAGCUCCCGAGUGCCGCCGAGCAAGCUCAGGCCCAAGCCUCCCUGCGCAACCGGAUCGGGGCCAGCAAAGUGUACCUGCUUUCCGACGCAGUCAAAACGAAAGUCGGCGGCAAGCGUAAACAUGGAGAGGAUGAUGAGAUGGACGAGGAGGACCCCGACAUGGAUGCGGACAGACGGCGCUCUGCGAGGAAACGCGUUGCUGCUGUACGGCACGCCCAUAGCCAGUUUACCCACGGCCCGCAUCUUCGCGUACGCGACGCACUUCGAGACGAACCCGCUCGGGCUGGAAUGGACCAGGUGGACGAUGAGCGUUGUGUCCUCGUGUUCAAGUCCAAAGCCGAGGCGCGCGACGCAUUCGCGUUACUGCAGAGGAAUGCGGACGAGAUGCCCGAUGAGGAGGGCUAUGUUCCAGCAAAACUGGUUCCUAUCGCCGUCUGGCCGCCGGAGGAGCGUAUCAACAACAGCUUGGGCGGGGGCUCCGAAAUGAAGGGCUCGCUGCUCAUGCGAUGGGCUCGUCCAGAGGACAUCAAGAAGCGCGGCGCGAGGAAUCAGAGCCGGUUCUACCAGACACAUGGAUGGAAGGCGGGCAAGGAGGAGAGCAACUACGACGGCGCACAAACAAAGCGUCGGCGGCGGGAUAGCUUUGGACGAGACGAGGCGUCCGAGAGAGCCGCUCUCGAUGCGGAACUCGAUGCAUUCAUCCGCACCGAAGAUGAUGACGACGACGGUCCUCCUCAACCUGAUGUCGCAGCCGAUGCAGGUGAAGAGACCAUUCACGACGAUGGGGCAUCACUACUAUCGAAGAUGCGCUCAGAUUAUAUCACCAACGACGGGCGGUCCCUGUUGGAGCGGACGUCUGUCAUGCGUGUGCAGCCAGUAGCUCUGGAGCAGCGGCUGACGUCGCCGGUGCCACGACGGGCUCAGGGGACCAUGUACGCUGACAUGCUGGAGGAUCGCGUCAGUCACAAGCUGGUAAUCGCAUCGGACUCGAGCCUGCAGUGGGGGCGAGAGCGGAAGAGUCGGCCCUCGACUAACGGCAACUCGCGUAGGAGGGACUCGGGCAGACAAAUUCGGGGCGAAAGGAAUCGAAGGCCGGAGCGAUCUCAGGCGACCCGAGAAGAUCUGGACGCAGAACUGGAUGCUUUCCUUUCUGAGGAUAAAUUCUAG